AACAACCAAAAACAUUCAUUUGUCAUUUUGUCUCCUCUUUUGUUUUCUCUGAUCACUAGUAUGGCUGUAUUCAGAGUCUUGCUUGCUUCUCUUCUCAUAUCUCUUCUUGUCCUCGACUUCGUCCAUGCCGAUAUGGUGACGUCGAAUGACGCCCCUAAAAUCGAUUGCAACAGCAGGUGCCAAGAGCGGUGCAGUCUUUCGAGUAGGCCAAAUCUUUGUCACAGAGCGUGCGGGACUUGCUGCGCUAGGUGCAACUGCGUGGCACCGGGCACAUCCGGAAACUACGACAAAUGUCCGUGCUAUGGUAGCCUAACCACCCACGGAGGACGCAGAAAGUGUCCUUAAAAACUCUGUCGCUGUUUGAUUUGAUUUCGUUUAUAAUACUUUACUUUUAUGAGAGUAAUUGUGGUUAUUUUCUUGGGAAUUAUUAAAAAGCAAAAGAAAGAGAAUGUUAUACGUCAUGUGCAACUCUUCGAUCUUUGUUUUAGUGUUUAUCCAAUUUGUACUUGUUGGUUUGGUUCCUGGUUAACAUUAGGUCUGAAAAGGUAUUGUUUUUCAUUAUACA